GGAUCAAUGUAGAUAUGUAUCGAAUGCGGAGUUUUUCCUAGGCCAUUUUGCACCCCCAGGAUGCCGGCGACUUCGCCGGAUGGGCGCACGAAGUUGACCAAGUUGAAGGGUAAAGGAAGCCCAGGAAAACUUUCCAGUUCCGCAUCUGGAACGGGCGUGCAGUCUGACAUUGAUUGGAGGGUUUUCGGUCUUGACUUGGAGUCCGGCUCAACUGGUGCUGCCAGGUCGCCUGUGCCUCCACCACCGAGGCUCGGGAGUGGACCCCACGCGCCAAAGCGAACUGCCGGGGUCAAGUUGGAAAGCUUGGACACCUCCACGCCCGCGGCUUUCGAUUCCGUGGACUUAUCGCAUUUGAGAUCUGCUGUGAAGCGAUCACCUGGUUAUCAGGAGCAGCUGCCAUCACUCCUUACUCUGCUAGAAGAGCGAGGGGUGGACUACGGCCGCCCCAACCUGGACCGGGAUGUUCAGCUGCCUUUGGAGGCGUUUGAGGACACCACCAUGUGGACCCGGACACCUGCCGAGUGGCAACUGCUGAUGCGGGAUGCCAACGGCCAAACCACCCCUCUGGCGUGCACCGCCUUGCGCACCAUGGAGGAUGGGAGUGGCCGGUGGCAGACUGCCAGUGUAUUGGGCUGGGAUGCAGCCAGCCAGCGGUACAAUGUGAAAUGGGCCAAUGGACAAGAGGACAAGGUCCUGAGCCUCCACGUAUUUUUUGAGGGCGAUGACCCCAUCCUUUUUGCUGACCGUUUAAAAACGGCACUACAAAAUAGAAGGUAUGCCAAUAGUUUUCUGAAGUAUCACUUCUUUGUCGACAGUAUGCCAGAAGACCGUUCCCGCAAGAUUGGACGUGAGUCCGUGGCACGAAUUUCCAAACUAGCCAAAGGUAUGCUGUGGGAUGCCAACAGUGAAUUUGCAGACAAGCUCAAUGGUAAGCUGGAGACUUUGUUACAGGAUGCUCAGAAGGAGUAUGUGCGUGUACAGAAUUUGAUAACAUUUGAAAAGGUGCGCAGCCAAGGGAACCUCACAGUUCUUCCGUCGGACCUGGUGUUGCCGACGCCUGCAGAAUCGUCUCCUGUGCCAUUUUUGGCGGUGAAGGUUCUGCCCUCGUGGGACACCACAAUGGCUCCAGAUCCCCAAGUUCCACGCGGCUUUCGACAAGCCUUCGAGUGGUUUUGCAAAGCCUCCUUGGUGAUUCGCCCCGAAGUUUGCGCGGCGUUGCAAGUGACCCGAGGGAUGUGUCUGGACUUGCUCACUGAGAAGGUCUUUGAGACCGCUUUCAACACCCCACUGCGACUGCAGGAGUUUUCCGAGCGCCAGGAAGCGUCCAUCAUGCGCUUGAAGGGCAGAUUGGGAAUGUGGGUGAACACCAUUCGUAUGAGAAUAACGCAGUGUUUGCAACAGGCCACUGUGAAAUGGUAUCACCUGAACGAGACAUCAAUUGAGAACUACCGAGCAAGUCGUUUGCGGCCAAUGCUUGUUUGCAGUGGACUCAUGAUGUCAAAUGCCUUCCUGCUUUUGGCAGAGGAAAACCUGACCUCUUUCGUGCAGGUGCUUGAAAGUCUGACCCCACUGCGUGUGGAAAUGACGAAGGACCGACACGUCCUCCGAACUUUGAGGAACAUUGUGAAACCAGAUCCAAACAAAGACGAGAUUGCCGUUGAACCAACGUUCAAGAAGGCACUUUUUAAGGUGGAAGUUGUCAUCAAUCCUCAGAUUGCAGCCAAAGCUGCUGCUGCAGCCGAAGCCGCUGCAGUUCCAGCGGAAGACAAAAAGAAAGAUGAGAAAAAGGGAAAAGAAAAAGGGAAGGAGGAGGAGAAAAAGCCGGAAGAGCCUCCCAUGCUUCACUUCGCCUACAAGACCGAUCUUGGAGAGGUCAAGCAGGCAGUGCUGAGCAUGUUCGACAAGGGCAUGGGUUCUUUCAGAGAUGUGCAUAGCAUUGAAAGUGUGCUGCUACCGCAUCUCAUUCGUGACCAUCACUUGGACCCCAUCUUCUCCCCCACCGAUGCCUGGGUGGAAGAUCUACGGGUGCGCUUGGAGGAGACUUUGGCAAAGCAGGAACCUUGGCUACAGGAUAUCCUGGAUGCGAUGGAAAGCUUCAAGGAUGUGGUUGUCAUGGACCCGGAGGCGGCUGCGGCGCAUCUGCAGCAGGAGCCACAGGCCCCUGCGCAGGUGAAAGCCAUGAUCGAGGAAAGAAAGGAGCGAAUACGACAAAUCCAAGAAUCCAUUCCGGAUGACAAGGAAUCCAUUGUGAUUGGCUUCUAUCGCAUUGAGACCGGCACAAUCCGGACGCAGCUCAUUGAAAAGCUGGAGAUGUCCACACAGCUCUUGUUGAAGUCCUUGGCGGAGACGUUGGAAGUCAACAUCCAUGAGGCCACAGUGGCUUUCGAGGGCAUUUUCACCAAGCUGCAGACGCAGGUGGCCACUAUCGAAGAAUGCUCUGACAUGAAGGACUUCUUGAAGUCCAUCCCCAACGAGCUGGCGAAGUUGGCUGGUGCCGUGAACGAAGCCAUGCAGCUCACGGACCUGGUGGAAGAUCUCCGUUUCGAACUGCCGGCUGAGACGCUAGAAGCACGCUGGGAAAUGUUUGGCUCCUCUGGUCUGGUAAAAUCCAGAGCAGCAAAGUGCAUGGAGUACCUCAACACUCAGCAUGAUGGUUUCUUGACGUCUCAAGAGUCAGAGCAGAAGGAAUUUGAUCAAAGACUGGUGAGGUUGGAGGAGGUGAUUGAAGGCUUCUCCCAGUACAAAGAUCUUGGUCAAGUGAGGGAGGUGGCAGAGAAGGUGCGAAUGACAUCUGAAGAGAUCAAACAGUGUCAAGAUCUCGUUCGACUCUACAACUCUCGUGAGGUGCUGUUUGAUCGGGAUCAGACAGACUACUCCAACCUGCAGACCAUGAUCAAAACCUUUGAGCCAUACAACAAUCUCUGGAAGACUGCUGGAGAUUGGGUCAGCAACAAAGAGGCCUGGCUUCAGGGUGCCUUUAACGAGAUUGACCCGCGGUACUGCGAGAACGAGGUGACUAAUGGCAUUCGCCUGCUUUUCAAGACCAUUCGCACGCUGAAGGAAAAUGAAGAGACCAAGUCGAUUUGUGGCAUAGCGGAGCAGAUCAAGACGGAACUGGAGGAGUUCAAACCCAACCUUCCUCUGGUCACUGGCCUCCGCAACGAGGGAAUGCGACAACGACACUGGGAGCAGAUUUCCGAAAAGUCAGGGGUUCAGGUGGGCCCAGGCAUGGAAGGAGGAUUCACCCUGCAAAGGAUGUUGGAUUCCGGGCUCCUGAACUUCGCCAACGAGGUCGCAGAAGUUGGUGACCGAGCAGGGAAGGAGUAUGGUUUGGAGAAGACCCUGAACAAGAUGAAGGCUGAUUGGGAACCAUUGUCCUUUGACCUCUCAGAGAAGUACAGGCAGUGCAGUUUACUGUACCAAUCACGUAUCCUCCUCACGAACUUCGCGAUGUAUUUCUCUCGUGCUGCGCACUUGUUUCUGCUCUUUGGGCAGAUCUAUGCUGUGCAGCCGAAGCCCAGAACAUUCCUGCACAAGACCGAGUACGACGCAGAUGCUAUCCAGGCACUUGCUGAUCAGUUGCCUCCUGGGAUCACCAAAGACUUGUUCCAAAGUUUCUCCGUUUGUGGGACGUGCAAGACCUUCAAGCGGUUUGGUGAAGAGAAUGAUGGUGGCUAUUUGCAUUGCAUGGACUCCUUGCAGCCUUCCACUUUGCGAGCAGCUUAUUCCAUGGGCGUGGAGCAACAUGACCAGUGGUCACUAGACGUUUUCAAUGCCUUCAACAUCCCGAUCUUUCAGUAUGAUUGCACUGUUUCAACCCCAGCGCAAGCUUGCGACAAGUGUCAGUUCUUCCCAGCUUGUAUGUCGUCAAAGGAAUUGAACAAAUUCCCGGGAAAGACCACUUGGACAUUGAAAGAGGCCAUUGACCAGUCAAAGAUGUCGGAUGCGCCAGAUCGGAGCUUGCUGAUGAAGAUGGACAUCGAGUUUGGAGAAUGGUCCACGUUGACCGACAGUGACGUGGCAACUUUGAAGAAAUUUCGACAGCUCGUCAUUGAGUUCCAUUCCCUGGAGUACGAAGAAAACCACAAGACUUACCUCCAAGCAAUGCAAGCGUUGCAACAUGCAGGCUUCAAGGUGGCACACGUCCACGGCAACAACUUCGCUUCAACCUACGUGAAGGAAAAUUUCAAGAUCCCCAUGGUUGUGGAGGUGACCUUGGAUGCAUCACUUGCCAUGUUGCCCAAAUGUCGUGAUCCCAACUAUGAGGCGCUGGACCGUCCAAACAGCGUGGGAGGUGCAGAAAUCCGUGACAUUCAUACCGAGCCGACUGAGGGCGAGAAAACUGGCACCUACGUUCUGAAAGGCGAUGGAGAGGCAGGGCGGUCCAGCGAUGAAAAUGGCACGUUGGCACAUGGCUCCAUGCCCAGAUGUCAGGCCAUGGUUCUGCUGGACGAGCACAUCGUGACCACACAGGCAUUGGCCGCAGGUUUUCUGUGCCAUGGUGCUUCCAUGGUGCAUUUGUGCCAGGCCAUGAUGUUUUCCACCUUCAAGGGACCAUUCGAGGAAGACAUCAACGAGUGGAACACACGGCUCAUGCGUGUAUCCGAGACCUUAGAAGAAUGGCUGAAGUGUCAAAAGGCUUGGAUGUACCUCCAACCCAUCUUCGACUCAGAUGAUAUCAUGCGGCAAUUGCCAACCGAAGGCAAACGCUUCAAGCAUGUUGAUGCCACACGGCGUCAGGAGAUGAUUAACACCAGGGAGAAUCCGAAGAUCAUUGACAUUUGUGCCACUGAAGGGCUUUUGGAGAAGUGGCGAGAAUGCAACAUCACUUUGGACAUGGUGCAGAAGGGCUUGGAGGACUACCUUGAAACAAAAAGGAAUGGCUUUGCUCGCUUCUACUUCUUGUCGAACGAUGAGCUGCUGGAGAUCCUUUCGCAGACCAAGGACCCAACCAGAGUGCAGCCCUUCUUGUCCAAAGUCUUUGAAGCUAUGUCAAAAGUCAUCUUCACCUCCGACAACGAAGUCACACACAUGAUCUCGCCAGAGAGCGAGCAGGUGGAGAUGGUGUCCCCUGUAGUGACGCACCAAAAGGCAGUGGAAGUUUGGAUGGGAGACCUGCAGGAUGGGAUGUGCAUGGCAAUCCGCAACGCGCUCGAGGUUGGAAUCAGUUCCUACAACACCAUGGAUCGCACUGACUGGGUGCUUGCGAAUCCUGCCCAAAUUGUUCUGAACGGCUCGCAGGUGUUCUGGACCUCAGAAGUGGAGGAAGCCUUUGAUGGCAAUGUUUUGGAUCAGUACGCAAAGAAGCUCUCCCAGCAAAUCCUGGACUUGAUCAUGCUUCUCCGCAAGGGCGUGAGCAAACUGCAAACGAAGACGAUGAAUGCACUCAUUGUCAUUGAUGUCCAUGCGAAGGAUGUGAUUUGGGGCUUUGUUGAGCAGCAGGUCCGGGACAAGACCUCCUUCGAAUGGAUCUCACAGUUGCGGUACUAUUGGGAAGUUGAUGAUCGCCAGCAAGAGAACAUGUGGGUGAAAUGUGUUCAGACAUCCUUCCCGUACGGCUACGAAUACCUGGGUAACUCGAUGCGCUUGGUGAUCACUCCGCUGACCGACAUGUGGCUUGCUUAUGGCGGCGUUUCCAAGGGCACAAAAUUGGAAGGCUCAGGUCAAUAA